CUUUAUUCCUUUGACAAUAUCCUCACUCCAAUUCAAUCCACCGAAUCCACAACCGCGAACCCCGAACCGCGGAACCCCCGAACUCCCCCAAAUCCGACGUCAUCGGGCCCUGGUCCACUUUUUCUCCUGGACCUUCCCCGACCACCGCUUCACUUUUCACCGCCAUCGUUCCUCGAUCUGAGUCUUGACUAUAUAACCCCUAGAUCUGCUUCGGUUGCUUUUAUUCCUUAGUUCAGCUAAGAACCGCAAAAGGUCUUCCCCACCAACCUACAAUCUAUAAAUACCGUCACCACCAAAAUGGAAGACAAACCCCUCAGCCCGGUCAGCACCGACCCCAUGACCCUAACCGCGCACGAAACCUCCCCCGCCCUAAUCUUCCCAACCUUCUCAAGCACAACAGCCUUCAACCUGGGUCUCGCGCUGCGCAACCGCAUCCUCACGCUACCGCCGACCUCACGCAAACCGGCCCUGAUCUCCAUCACGCUGACGACGGCGCCGCUGCCGACAGUAGACCACCAACCGGUCCCGCCGCACGUGGUGUUCCAAUGCGCGACCGAGCCCGGCACGAUCCCGGACAACGAGGUGUGGGUGCGGCGCAAGCGGAACACCGUGCUGCGGUGGGGGGUGAGCAGCUGGCUGAUGCGGAAUAAGCUGCUGGCGGCGCUGAGCGACAGCGAGAAGGCGGGCGUGGAGGCGGCGUUCGUGAAGAAGUAUGCGCUGCGGUCGAGUUGCGGCGGGGCCGUGGCGGAUGAUUAUGCGAUUCAUGGUGGCGGGUUCCCUGUGCGGGUGCGCGGUGUGGAUGGCGUUGUGGGUGUCAUUGUUGUUAGUGGGUUGAAGCAGGAGGAUGAUCACCAGGUUAUUGUUGAUGUGGUGAGGGAGUUUAUUCUUCAGGGGGGUGGGAUGGAAACAGAUAUACAAACCCCAUCAUGA